UGCACUCUCUCUUUCUUUUUUUUUUUUUUUCCCUUCCCUUUCUCUAUCUGUUGGUCUCGGAGCCACCCUCUCCCGAUCUCGGGUGCACCGGUCGAUAUCGUCCUUUUCCGAUCGGUAUCGCCGAGCGUCUGUUUUCCCGGCCAGCCGAGCUGUGAGACAUGAGUGACGAGUGACAAGGUUGUUCGUGCGCGCAAAGCGGCGCUGUACAAGACGAGCGACGACGUUUCCGGGAAGGGAAGGGUACAUAACAGUCGUAUACGAGGGAACCCUUUUCGUGGGGUGCGAAAUAUAUUUUAUGACUCGGUGCACAGGCGCGGCUGCCGUGCGCGUGCCUAUAUUAGGUUGUGCGUGGAAAAAAUGAGACGCAGUGUUAAGUUUACCAUCGAUGUGAAUUGACGACGGAGAGAAAUCGCCGUUCAAGCCAAGACGAAGGAUUUUUCCAUCAAGGGUUGACGGAUCGGCAGGACGAGUGCCCUGUGUGUGUGUGUUUUUUUUUUUUUUUCGUUUAAAGUAUCGGUAAUAAUAUUUAUACUCGGCAAGAUUCGAGGGGCCCACGCACGAGCCGUGGCCCAUACAUGCAUUUGACGCGCUACUUUGGCUGUGCGUUUUUGAUAAUCUGUUGGCUCUCGGGAGCGUAUCUUGCCGAUAAGCUCGAAAACAACGUUAAGGAAGCUGAAAUAGUUGAGGCUUACUCGAUUAGCGACAUCGGAAGCACCAACAGCAGCGAAAUGUCGGCCCUGGUGUACGGGCUGCUGACCCUCGUGGCGGGCUCGAAUCUGCACUGCUCGGAGCGCCGCGAGAUAAGCCCGUGCACCUGCCGCCAGGAAGACUUCAGCCCCAUGAUCAACAACCCACCCCCGAUGCCCACCGCGAGCAACCUACCGAUCCUCGGUGGCACGGAUCCCGGGGCCUUGGGCGCGUCCUUGCUCUCCACCAACUCCGGCACCGUACAGCCCCACACGGAACGGAUAGAGGUCGAGUGCGAGCGCAUGCAGUCGUUCCAGCAGGUGGCCGAGGCUCUCACGGGCAAAUUCACCAACGAACAGCAGAUCACCCUCAGGGUCUCGCACUCCCAGCUCAAGGACAUAUCCGAUCACGGCUUCAAAGCCCUGCGGAUGGCCAUCGUCAAGCUCGAGCUCAACUACGACGGCAUAGGAGCCGUGGGCGAGGACGUGUUUGCCGGAAUGAGUAGGACGCAGUAUCUGAGUCUAGCUGAUAACGAAGUGCCGGAGAUACCCAAAGAGAUCUUGAUGCAUCUGAAUCUACUGCGAACCCUCGACCUCAGUAGAAAUCACGUCUCUCGCAUCGGAGCUGACGACUUCAAGUUCAAUCCAAUGCUGCAGCACCUCUUUCUGGCCGGUAAUGCCAUCACAGAAAUGGUUUCUGGUUCAUUGCCGCAACUAAUCAAACAUCUCCACGUCGGAAGGAACCACCUCGUCAGUUUGAAUCGUACAUUGAGGGAUCUGAAUCAACUGGAAUGGCUGCUAAUAAACGCCAACGAGCUAACAUCCCUUGAUGGCGAGCUUCCCGUUUCGGGACACAAUCUCAAGAUGAUCUACGCCGCGGACAACAAGCUGACUCACCUGCCUACCGAGUUUAGAUUCCUUCACAGGCUCGACUCGCUCUUUCUGCAGCACAACCGCAUCACCAGACUCGACGGUACACUGCAGAAAGCUCGCAAGCUCAAGUUCCUCGAACUGUCCUACAACAACCUCCAGGUGCUGGCAGAGGAGGAUUUCCUUGAUGCCGAGAUGCUGGAAGAUCUGGAGUUGGGCCACAACUCGCUGACGUCCUUGGGUGGGGAGACCACCGGUGCCAACAGUGCCCUGUAUCCCUUGAAAUCUCUCAAGUGUCUGAACCUCACCCACAACAAUCUCAAUCAAUUCUCCUUCUCGUCCAUACGAGGUCUGAGGGAGCUUCGCCUGCUCGACCUUUCCAACAACAAAAUUAGCCGACUGAUGCGCGGAAGGAGAACCAUUGAGCGCGGCAUUCUGUCCCCCGUCGUGGUACUCCAGAACCUAGUGGAAGAGGAGGGCGACGACACGGCCGGCUCGAGCAUCCAGGACAUACGGCUGCAGCACAACGAGAUCCGCAACCUCGAGGGCUCGCUCUUCCUGGGCAUGAAGGAGCUCCAGAGGCUCAACCUGAGCCACAACGCCCUCGGGCCGGCGAUAGCUCUGCGCGACUUGCGGGGACUCGAGAGCCUCAGGGUCCUCGAUCUCUCGUACAACGAGCUCAUCACGCUCGAGGACACGUCCGAGACGUGGCUGCCGGCGCUGGAGGAGCUCAACGUGGCGCACAAUAGGCUCGUCAUUCUGUCGGAGCGCGACUUCCGGGGCUUCCCCGGCCUCUGCUGGGUGGACAUGAGCGCCAACCAGAUAAGCACCCUCAAGCCCGAGCUCGUGUCCAACACUCGCUGUACCGUACACGGCGUGCCCGACGUUCUACGGAUCUACCUCCAAGAUAAUCCAGUACUUUGCGACGCCGGGUUGGCAGAUCUGACGGUCGCCCUGGAAGUGAACCACGCUAAGGUCUUCGGUGUAGCGAACGACUGUCCGACGCCACCGCCACCCCUGCCGGAGACAACGAUGCCCGAAACAACGCCGGGGCCGCCCUUACCGCCUACACUGCUGCUGGCAGACGCGGUUGCAGCCUCGAGCAGCAACGUCUCCUUCGCCGCGACCCUCGAGUAAUUUUUCCUUUUUUUUUUUCCUUAGAACGAGGAUUUUGGUAUAAAUAAUACCUUUUCCCCCUCCCUCCCUCCCCCUCUCUCUCUCUCUCUCUCUCUCUCUCUCUCUCUCUCUCUCGAAACCUUGAAAUAUUGAGGAAAGCUACGAUUUCGAGUGUACGUGGACACGUAUAACUGGAGCCAUGCUACUGAUGUACAAGGCUUCAGGGGUGUGGGACAAUUAUUAUUGUGCAGCGUGUACUGCAGUGUACAGUCGAUCGGAUUACGCGAUAGGUAUGCUUUGAUGGUCCAUGACAUGGUUAAGGUGGUUCAUUUUUUUUCAACCCAAAAGAUUUAUUCAAGAGAAUACCGAACUGCUGCAAUUUUAUUUCAAAAACCGUAGAUCCAAUUUUUAACAGCUUAGGAAUAU